AGUCUAGUUUGAUAAUUGAGUCAAUUUUGGUUGCUAAUUUGUGAAUUUUAGUUUAUUUAUUUUAUUUUAUAGGAAAAACACAAAUUCACAAAUUCUGGGGGUGGGGGAAUGGUUUCAGGGGUAGAGUUUCGAGUCUACGGCAGUUUCGGGUCAGGGAAAGGGGUGGGGGUUUCUGGUGGGGAAAGGGAUGGGAGUUAGGGUGGUUUCGGGUUAAGGAAUUCAAGUUUUGGGCGGUUUCGUUGGUGGGGCUGGGGCGGGGGGUCUAUUGCGCUUAUGUGGCUCUGGAAGGAGGGUGGUUUUGGUGGUGGUACAGGGGGAGGGGGUGGCUGUCGGGGCUGGGUUGGGGAGUGGUUGUUGGGCUGAAACGCAGUCAUGAGAUAGACAGGAGAAUAGGGUUUUGGGAGGGUUGAAGGUGAAGGAUGUUGUUAGUGGGGAGGUUAAGGAUGUGCAGGUUUCUUAUUUUUCGGUGUUUAGAGAGACAUAAAGAGCAAUGAUAUAAAUCGAAAUGAUGACCGGAUUACGGAAUGCACAUUGUGGAUUUGUGGUACAAUCGUAUAAGUGUUGUGAUAUGUUUUGUUGAUGAUGUUAUCAGGGAGAUGAUUUGUGUGUUAGCUACUACUACAUUGACAGUGAGCUCAAUGCUUAUGCCAUAUCUUCUGCUCAGGUCAACUGCUUAGCUUGCUUAUCUAUUUUUAUACAACUAUUGUACGAAUACACAAAGGAAGUACGGAAUUAUGUUGAGUACAUUUGAUAAUUCGGCUCCAUGGAAAGUCGAAAAACCUUUAAACUGUUGCCAUGCUUCGGUGAUUGUAAGUUGUAAUUGCUCUGUGUAAAUGGAUCAUUUUGUAAAAAAAAAAAUAAAAAAAUAAAAAUAAGUUGUUUGGAUGAACUAUUUUAAUGUUAAUUUGUUUUAUGGAAUGAGCGUUACCCUUGGCCCUAAAUCUCCAAGACGAUACAGAAAAAGUGUCAGUGGGAUGUCUUUGUGGAUUGACGGCUUUAAGAGAAGUAAUGUUGUUUCUACAUCUGGUAUACUUGAGUUUGCUUACAGGGAUUUGCAGAAGGCGACUCAGAAUUUCACAACAUUGGUUGGCCAGGGUGCAUAUGGUCCUGUGUACAAAGCUCAGAUGUCAACUGGUGAAAUAGUUGCUGUGAAGGUGCUGGUUAAGCUGUUAGGAAGGUUGCAUCACAGGAACCUCUUGAAUUUGCUUGGAUAUUUUUUAGGUGAGCUGCCAUCGGCAAUGAGGACAGCAGCUUGGGUGGGGAAAUGGCAUUUGAUACUACAAAGACAAACACCAUUGCCACCAAUGUCACUGUGCUCUACUCUGCAUCAGUUUUGCAUUCUUGCCACCCUUGAAGUCCUGAGUUCUAUUAGUUUUUGUAUACUGUCAGACAGCAUAUGUUAA